GUGGUGGUGGUGAGAGAAAGAGAGAAUCGGGUUCUCGCUCUCUCUCCCUCUCUCUCUCUCGCUCGCUCGCUCGGUCCAACAACUCCUCCUCCUUUUCUCCUUGGCUUGGUUGGGUGUCGCCCAGUCAUCACGCCAGCGCUACACAACAUGGCUGACUCCAACGGCUCUCAGGAUUACGGCGAUCUCUUUUCGGCGUGGUCGACCGUCAGACUGGCGUACCACGGGACUUUUGGAGCCCAAGGUGGGCUAGGGGGAGGUAUGGCCUACCUCAAGAGCCCCCCCUACCCCAUGAAUGGUCUUGGGUUAGGCAUGGGCCACCAUUCUCCCAUGGACCACGGAGUUCAUCCCUCUGUUCCGUACCCUGCUGGUAAUUCAUGGACCUCCUUCUCCACAGUGACAGGGGCGCCGGCCCGGAAGCAGCGCCGCGAGAGGACCACCUUCACGCGAGCCCAAUUGGACGUGCUGGAGUCCCUCUUCGCCAAGACUCGCUAUCCCGACAUCUUCAUGAGGGAAGAAGUCGCCCUCAAGAUCAACCUUCCGGAGAGUCGUGUGCAGGUGUGGUUCAAGAACCGGAGAGCCAAGUGCCGCCAGCAAGCUCAGCAGCAGAACUCCAACAGCGCCGGCAACGCCAACAACAGCAACAGCAACAACAGCAGCUCCAACAAUACAGCAACCACCAUCACUGCCACCCCAGCCUCUAACAACAACGACAGCACCAAGGCAGCCGCCCCUCGACCCAAGAAGAUCAAGAGCCCUAGCACGCCCUCCCCCCCGCCCCUCAUCAAGUCAUCGCCUCGGCCCGCCUCCCCCGCCUACAAACCUCCUUCCGUCUCGCCAGCCUCGGCACACACGCCACCCAACACCACACCUACGCCCACACCCUUGCACACUUACGGGUCAUUCCAGACAGCGCCCCCCACCACCGACCACUCCAACAGCUACUCCUCCUUGUGGGCGCCCACAAGCCUCCGACCAAUGGGCGACCUUCACGUGUCGACAGGCAACUGCAUGCAGACGCCCUCUUAUCACAUGAGUAGCAGCAAGAGUCCAGGAUCCUCCUGGAACCAGAACUACGGCCCGGCAUCUUACUACGGCAACAUGAGCAUGGAAUACCUACCACACCACAUGGGCGCCCACGCACAGUUCACGCCCGUCAGUAACCACAUGGGCGGAUUCCAACAGAUGGGCGGCCACAUGAUGAGCUCUCACACUAUGAUGGGCAGCCAGCACUACUCCCGAGCCGCCGCCGUCACUCCGGUGCAGGGGGUGACCGCCCCGGCCUCGCAGGAUUGCAUGGACUUCGGGGAGAAGUUCCAGGUCCUCUGAACGUCCCCGCCGCCGUCAUCCAUCGCUAGGAUCUCCGGGUCGAGCAGCAGACCCGGAGACAGUGACCCGCAGGGUAGUACUGCUGACAUCUAUCGUCACCACCACCACCACCACGGGCCUCGUCCUCCUCGGUCUUUCCUCCAAGACUGGACGACGGCGACGACGACGCAGGCGACGGCGGUCGAGGGGCCCAGCGGGUAUCACCGCCACGCCCAGUGGCCCUACCCUGCCGGAAGGAGGCUUCCGUCGUCGCAGUUCUCCCCCGUCAGUAAGCAGGGUGCCGGGGGCUUCCCAUCAACGCUCUCCUCACUCACUCCGUGUGAGAGUCCUCAGGAGAUAGACGAAUUCUAGGAAAAAAACAAAAAGAAGAAGAAGAUUGGAUCGUGUCUCUUUCAUUUCCAAAUGUGCAUGUGUAAAUACUGCCUCAGAUGCAAAUUGUUGAUGUUGUUGCCAUUCCUUCUCGUACUUCAGAUACCACAAAAUCAGAAAAGUGGAAAUGUUGACCCCUCCUGUUAGUGAUGCCCAGGUGGUGGGUUCAUGAAUGGACAGUGGCCACCUCACCUUUCCACGAAUGAUGGAGGAUACUGCAAUGACUAUUCUGGCGGGAGGGGGAGUGGGGUGGGAGAGGGAAGGGAUGGGAUGGGAAGGGACAGGGCCAAGCAAGAGACCACCUUUGCACUGCAAGAUCGGGGAUUUACCAAGAGCAAAAAAUGUGCACAGAAUUGAUGCCGCCCAUAUAUAUCAAGCCUCUUGCCGCUGUGCUUCGCUCGCCAUCACUUGCUCAGCAUCCCGUAGCUAGGAAGACCCGAAAGGAACUUACAAGAAGACUCAGCAAGCAGCAGCUACUACAAAUUUGCCCAUCUCCUUAGGUUUUGUCGUCCAUCCACUCGUGUGUGCCGCGUGUUUGGCACAGGCAUCCCCCACCCCCCUCGGUAUACCUUGCGCGGGUGGCGAGCUUUGUAGGGCAAGAGGGCUUUGAUCUCUUUAUAAUUAUGUUGUGUGAUUCGUCUUUCACAAAGCCUUUACUAACUGUAGCCAAUGCGUCUAGAGUUAUCACAGGGUAAUUGAUUAAUAUUUAAUUGAUUCCUCGUGUACAUAUUUAUAAUACUUGUAAAGCUACAAUAACAAUAAUUACAACCCGCUGUAUCUUAAGGCCGAAUGACUUUUUGUCUCAUUAAGAGGAUGUUACAUAUUCAAAAAAAAACCUAUUUAGGGUGCUGGCAGUCUGUGGGACUCAAUAAAAAAAAAAAAAUAAAAAAACGGUUUUAAUUUAUGUUCUCGCCCGUGUCAGUCAGUCAGUCAGUCAGUCAAGAGGCUUCCGAAAGCCCUCUCUCGUUGCAAGAGAUGCAGAAAGCGGGGUCACGCUGCUCGAAAGGUCACACGCGCUCGCGUGCUUUCUCAAGUGCCACUUGUAAUGAGUCAGGCGAAUCUGUUGGCGAAGUGCCGUUUCCCGCAAUCAUUUCAAUUUUUUUAUAGAUUUUUUUUUUCAUUUUUUCAAUUUAUCUACCCUUAUUUUCUCCGGAACCGACUUGUGUAUGUUGUACUUCAUAACAGUAAUAAUAAUAAUAAUAAUGAUAAUCAUUGCUGAUGAUGAUGAUGAUGAUAUUCAUAGUGAUCAUUAUUAACUCCUCCUUCCUGUACAUAAUAAGUAUAAAAGGUAAGAAUGAACUUGAUGUCCUCAGGGUUCUUUACAAACCCGCUAGCUUCGUGUCGUUCGGUUUCAUUGAUUCUAUGUACAUGUCUGUGCAAUAUGGCGUUGGUGUCUCUCAUUGAGGGUUAAGGCUAUUAAUGCUAUUUAGAGUAUAAAAUGAAAGAAAUAAAUAAUCAGUACCAGUUACGGCAACGGCUUUGUUUUUUUACACACACACGAUUCAGUGGUUUAUACAAAUGCUCUCUUAUCGUGUUUUCUUCAGUGAGAAUAACAGGUUAUAUUAUAAGCAUCAUUCUCCAAUAUCUUAUACUGGAUUAUCUUUGGCUGUACACUCUUCUUUUUCUGUUUUCACCGAUUAUUAUUUGGCGAAUUUUUACAUGUAUUCUUUAUUCGUACAAUAUCUCUCUCUCUCUCUCUCUCUCUCUCUCUCUCUCUCUCUCUCUCUCUCUCUCUCUCUCUCUCUCUCUCUCUCUCUCUCCAAACGAGCAUAUAUAAUAGGAGUUAACCCCAAUUCUGCCAGCAUUUUAGGGACUUUCCCUGAAAGAAUGUUGUAAAUAGUUAUCAAAAAAACAAAGUAUCUUCAGGAACUGUUUUCAUGUAGAUUAUAAUGAUUAUAUUAUGUGUCAUCAGCCGGCAUCCGAUCACUGGUACCGCCGGCUACUUUUAUUAUGUGUUUAACUAAAAAGAAUAAGAAUUGUAAUUUUGCUUCUUUGACUAAGCAGCUAACCGUGGGGAAGGUUGCUAAAAACCGUAAUGGUGAACAUGUUAAAAUGAUAUUGUUUUGUAAUAUACUCUCCAGAGGGAAAAGAA